AUGCCUACAUGCCGUGGAGAUUCCACCGCGGUGCAGCCGGUUGAGGGAGUGGCUGCCGGCAUGACUGCAUCCUUCCUGAGCACUGCGGUCAGCUACUUUGACCUGCUUGUCAACAGCGACCCACGGGUGGCGUUUGACGUUCUACACAUGGGCGUCCUUGCCGCCAUUGAGGAGGACGAGGCUCGUCACCCGCCUGGCCCCACGCCGCGCGCUGCUUCGUUUGCAAAAGCCGUCGUCGUGGGCGAAGGAGCGGACGUGCGCUUUGCCAUACCGACGCAUCAACCGGCGCUUGACGCGCGACUUCCGCAGCCGCAGGACAUUCGCCGCCGUGGAUGCGUUUCUUACCUCUGCUUCUCCGUCCGCACUGCAGGACGCGCUGGGGCCAGCGGUGCUGCACGUGGUUCAGAAGUAUCGUCCGCAGGUGCUGCGAGAGCGAAGAGAGCGACGACGACGGCUGCAAGAGAUGGAAUCGUCUACCCCUCACGGCGCGGCGGCAGAGGAAGAAGAGCGCUCCGACGCACCGACUGGCUGAUUGGCUGGCUGUGUAUACAUCUGUGCUUUUGCGACUGA